GGGGCCGAGCGCUCGGCCGGGCGGGAGCUCAGGAUGCUCGGGCAGCGCCGCGGGCCGGGCGGGCGCGAUGGAGCCGCCUGAGGGCUGGGACCCCUACGGGCGGCCGGCCCGGCGCACGCAGUGGCUGGUCAGCGCCCUCGCCGACCACUACGGGCUGGACCGCGGCGUGGAGAACGAGAUCGUCGUGCUGGCCACCGGCCUGGACCAGUACCUGCAGGAGAUCUUCCACCGCUUGGACCGCGCCGGUUCGGGCCGCAUCCCCGGCGAGGACUUCCGCACGCUGUGCCAGGUGCUGGGGCUGGAGGAGGCGGCGGAGCCCGAGGAGUGCGCGGAGCUGUGGGACGGGCUCUCGGCCGAGCUCACCUUCCGCCAGUUCCACGCGCGGCUCUGCGGCCACUUCAGCACCCGCGCGGGGCCGCGGCUGCCGCUGGGCCGGGAGAGCGAGCACAUCGAGACCCAGAUCCGCCUGCGCAGCCCCCGCCGCCGCCGCCGCAGCGACCCCGCCGGCCGCGGAGCCGCGGGCAGCGCCGAGCGGCGGCCGCCGGGGCCCCGCUCCCGAGAGUGCUACGAGGAGAUCGUGGCGCUGGAGCAGGCCGAGGACCGCAUGGCCAAGCUGGAGGAGGAGAACGGCAGCCUGCGGGAGCUGGUGGAGGACAUGCGCGCCGCCCUGCAGAGCAGCGAUGCGCGGUGCCUGGCGCUGCAGGUGAGUCCGGGCCGGCUUCUGCAGCGGCCUCCCGGGGGCGGCUCGGCUGGCCCCGAGUGCUUCAGGAGAGAUGCUGCUCUCGGAGAGUCGGUGUUUAUAACCCCUCCGCUGCCAGACGGAGACCGAAGUUGCUCGUUCAUCGUCGGCAUUAACUUUUUAGCAAAGUUUGGUUACAGGGAGGCUUUAAGGAGAAAUGUAUGGCACCGGUGUACCAUAAAUAUAGUUGUGAAGAGCACUCUGUUUACAGUGUAG